CUGUGCGCUUGUAGUUACAGGACCUCUAACUAGAAAGAAAUGCACGUGAGUUUGCUGGUUGGAGGCUUGAGAAAAUGUAUUGUGCUGUCUUUCUUCUCUUUGAGUGAAACGGGAGUUAACAGGCGUGUAAUUAAUAAAACACAGAGUCGGUUUAUUUGGUUUUGUCGCGUUAUUUCUCCUCUGAAUCCUCCUUUUCGUUCUGCACGGUGUCAACAGAGCAGCGCCACUAUGGAGGUGAACAACCCGGUGCCAGGGGAAGAAAACGCAACCAAACAGGUGACAGAAAGUGGGAAAAGAAAAAGCGACGAACCCGAGACAAGCGGCCGAGGUAAGAGGCGGAGAGGAGCGGGAGGGAAGAAGCAACGUCCGGGAGAGAGAUAUAUCCCUCCGCCGCAGAAGAGGGACGGCUUCAGCCAGGAGAACUUCGACGAGGCCUCUUACUACUUUGAAGGCGGCCUCCGCAAAGUGCACCCGUACUACUUUGACUUCAAAACGUACUGCAAAGGUCGGUGGAUUGGGAAAACCCUCCUGGAGGUGUUCAAGAGUGAGUUCAGAUCGGAGUCCAUAGAGUAUUACCAGAGGGCCGCUAAGGAGGGUCGCAUCCGGCUGAACGAGACCCCUGUGGAGGACCUGUCUCUGGUGCUCAGGAACAACGACCUCAUGAAGAACACAGUGCAUCGCCACGAGCCCCCCGUGGUCGACACGCCCCUGAAGGUUCUGGCGGAUGACGGCGAGGUGCUCGUGGUGGACAAGCCCGCCUCCAUCCCGGUCCACCCCUGCGGGCGUUUCCGCUGCAACACGGUGAUUUUCAUCCUGGGGAAAGAGCGGGGCAUCUCUAAGCUCCACACGGUCCACCGACUGGACAGACUCACCUCCGGAGUGCUGCUGUUCGCCAGGACACUGGAGACGUCCAAGAAGCUGGACAAGUUGGUGAGAGACAGACAGCUUGAGAAGGAGUACGUGUGCAGAGUAGAGGGGGACUUUCCAGAGGGUGAGCUGGUCUGCGAGGAGCCCAUCCUGGUGGUUUCCUUUAAAAUCGGCCUCUGCAGAGUCCACCCUAAGGGGAAGGAGUGCAGGACCGUCUUCCAGAGGCUCAGCUUCAACGGAAAAACCAGCGUGGUCCGCUGUCUGCCCCUGACGGGCCGCACACACCAGAUCAGGGUGCACCUCCAGUACCUGGGCUUCCCCAUCCUCAAUGAUCCCAUCUAUGGGUCCUCAGCCUGGGGCCCUCACAGGGGGAAGGGGGGCCAGGUGGGGAAGAGUGACGAGGAGCUGGUGCAGGCUCUGGUAGAGGAACAUCGCUCUCAGGAAAGUCUUCACAUGCUGGAUAUUCAGGAUGAUGGGGUCGGGACUGAAGAGAAGAACAAGACCUCUGAGGGAGUCGCUGCAUCUGAUCCCAACAAAAGUCAGACAGGUUGUAGCUCAAGCAGUGAGACGGUGGAUGAGGUGAGUCAAACAGAUCCAACGGAUCCAAACAGUAACAAUAAUUCACUCAAACCUCAACCCAACGAAUCAAAUGGAAGUCAAACUGAAGCAACACUUGUCGACGCUGCUCCAAAGACCAGAGACCACCUGUGCAGUGAGUGUAAGCUGGAUCGACCAGAUCCCACAGAGAGGGAACUCGUCAUGUAUCUCCACGCUUUACGAUACAAAGGACCUGAUUUUGAAUAUUCCACACCUUUACCCGAUUGGGCCAAAGAGGACUGGGUGGAGGCUGAUUGGAGCUGACCGUAUGCGGACUGCUGAUGACUUUGGUUUUCAGGUUUUAAACCUUUUAGAGGUUUUUUUCUUUACGGCAGUUUUUGGUUGUUUUUUUUUUGUGUUGAAUAUACAAAUUAACCUGAGCAGAUGUUUCCGCCAGAAACACAAAUAUAUAUGGCCUUGCAUUCAUUCUCAUUUUACUUUGUUUUUAAUGUAAUGAAAACAUUUUUAAUUUAAUUUCAUCCUUUUAAGCCUGUAAUCUGUCCAGGACUCCAACCGAGACUUGAAAUCAAUUAAAAGCCAGUCUGCAGGAAAAUAAGUGUUUUAUUUCAGUUUUGUGAAAAAAUGAACAACAUUGACAUCUGUAAGUAGUGGUGGUGACCUUCAAAUAGUUCAGAUUUUUUUGAACUGGGUUUGUGUGAGGUACUUAUCCACAGUCGGUGUAUUUCCUCCAGUAGCAAGCUCUAGCAAAACCUAUUUUAACUAACCCAAAAAAUGUUAUAUCAGUUUAAGUGUACAUAUUUAGACAUUUCUACUGCUUUACUUUGCUGUCAGACAGCCUCUUUUAAGUUUAUGUGGGGGGAACUGAAGUUAUGUAUGUUCUCUCGCAGCCACCAGACUCCAUUGACAAAACAGUAGUUUUACCUUGCAGAACACAGGAGUUGCUUCCAUUGUUUAGUAUUGCAUGACUUUGGUGAAUUCAAACUUACAACUGAGUAUUAGGGCCACAUUUAGGAAAAAAAUAAUAGCAAUUAUGAGAUUAAAGUCGUAAAUAUUGUAUUAAAUUACAAGAAUAAAGUCGAAAAUAUUUUAUAAAUUAGAGGAGGCGAGUUGUUUAAAUAAGGGGCGUGGAGCAUUUUGUAGAAAUGUACUUUAAGAUAGAUUUCACAAACAAGGAGAUACUAAAUCUUUUGGCACAUCAGGAUCAUAUUAUCAUAAGUAUAAGGACAUUAAAAAGAAUAUGCAAGAAAUUGCGUCUUUUCAGCAGAAGGAACCAGAUGGACUUGGAGGAAAUCGCUGCUUUUUUGUAAGAGGAAAUGGCUGGAAGUGGUCGGCUGCAGGGCCAACAGUGGAGGCAUCAGCGGGCCAUUCAGAGGGUUUGUGGCGUCUCAAGAAUCAUUCCGACUGAUAAUUAAGAUUUUGGAUCCAGAGGGCAACAGCCUAUCAAUUAUGUACGACUUCAUUCUCGUAAUUAAUUAUUUUCUACUUUAUUCUGGUAAUUAAAUAAAUAUUUACAACUUUAAUCCCUUAAUUAUAUAUAUUUUUAUCUAAAUGUGGCCCUAAUACUCCGUCGUACAAAUUAACCUUUUAAAAACAAAAACCACACAGUAGACCAGCAACGCAUGUGUUCUGCAAUGUAAAAUAACUGUUUUUCUCAAAGGAGUCUGGUGACUUUGAAGGGAGCAUAAACAAGAGGCUGUGAAUAGCAAUGAAAAUAUUCUAAAUAUAGCGUACACAUAAACUAAUAUUGAGAUUUUUUUAGGUGACUAAAACUUUUGCUGCUUGGCUUCCCUGUCAGUACCGAUCACCAUCUGCUGGAUAAGUACCUCAUACAACCCCACUUAAAAAAAAUCCAAACUGUCCCUUGAUGUUCUUCCAUUCAUAGAAAGCCUGUUAUUCAUUUAAUUUCUCUCUAAGGCAGGUUAUUUUCUGCUGAGUGAAGGCUCAUUGAAGAAUUGUGAUAUUACAGUCAAGAUGUCAAAAGCAAACACUUCUUACAAAGAGAAAACUUGAAAAUAACUGCUCAUAGGCACAUUAGACACAAGUCUCUUCUUGUUGAGAUCUGCUGAUCCACCAUCACUGCACCUAUGUAAUUAAUAUUAAGGACCAUAGACACAUCUCUUAUUAUUCUUUUUUUAAAGGACACACCCUUACACAAAACACACAGUUUCAGUUGCUUCAGCACCUAAAAACAACCCCUUGAAAGACAUUUGGCACAUGCUGUUCAUGUCAUGAAUACUGUUAUUUGCACAUAAAAACAGCUGAUGUGACGUCUCAGCUGUGGGAUGGGGUGUAGAUAGUCUUUUUAUUCCUUAGAUUUUCUCUUAACAGUGCUGCAGCAAGGUCUAUGUACAAAGUGUUA